AUGUCAAAGAUUUUAUUCCUUUUCGUAGCUUUCGUGGCUCUCUCCAGCGCUGAAACCUCCGUCCCAGCAUCACUCUUCCAAGGAAACUACGAUGACUUUAAGACCUUCGUGGGAGCUUUCAUGAGCAGUUAUACCGGUGCAACUUACACUCUUCCAGCAACCUGCUUACUCUCCCUUUAAUAGUAAGCAAGGGUUUUCUGCUAGCUCUUAAAGGUUAAUUUUUCCAGAUUCCAAUAUAAACUAUUUAAAAAAGAAAAAUUCAAUUUAAUUUAUGAACUUUAUGUUUAUGCAAACUUAAUAAAAUUUAACCAGAAAUCUCGUUAAAAUAUUCUAUAAAAUAAAAUUUUUGCUCGCUCUUAAAAGCGGGUUAGAUCAAGCCUCACAAGGAAAGCUUGACUCCGACAUGGUCAAUAUCAUUGCCAGCGUCCUCAAAUUCCACCCAUUCGAUGCUUAUAGCAGCAUCAAGACCUUCGGAAAAGACCUCGAAAAAAUGGCCUCAGGCUGUGGAAUGAACCAAAUUAUCACAAACUUGAAUGCUGAGUUAAAGAACAAAGGAAGCUGGUAUGUGGUAGGAAACCUCUUAAUGCAAAGAAACGUCAUUGAAUCAUAUCUUGCUGCAUCCACACUCGACCUCCUUGGUUUUAACUUCCAAAAAGCAGGCAAGAACUUCGGAACUGCUAUGAGGUACAUGGUGCCACCAUACACUGGGAAAGCUUUGCUAUCAAGCGAAUCAAGCGUCAUCAACGAAUUCACCCAAUUCGGAAAAGGCUUACUUGAUGGUUUUGAAGGUCAAGUCUCAACUCCAGGCGCCUGCUAUACAGAUAUUACCAAAUUUGCCCAAAUUUUCACCAAUGGGUAUGCUACAAUUGAAAAAAUUUUGACCUGGGAUAUUGCAGCCAUUGAUACUUUAAUUGCAGAAUUCAAAGAAAUUGAACCUCAGCUUCAGCUUAUUUCAAGCCAAUGCCCAUUCGAAACUUUGUUUGCCACAAUUAAGAAAAGCUUUGUCAGUGAGGCAGGACUUAAAACUUUAUAUGCCAACUAUUACAACUCUCUUGUUACUAUUGACGCUGAUAUUGAAAACGUCCUUAAUUGCUCAAGCGACUUAUACGUCUGUGGAAAGAGCUUACUCCCCCCCCCCCUCCGUGAGUGAACAAAACCAUUAGAAAAAUCCCUAUUUUUUGCCCAAAAAACCCACCAUCCAUGAGUGAACAAAAAUUUUUUAAUAGAAAAAUUUUUUAUGGAAAAAAAAUUAAUAUAUAAAUGAUAAUUAGUAUAAUGAAAUCUAGAGCUAAUUCUGUUUAAUUUUUACGAAUUGCUUUUUAAAACAUAAAUUUCAUAAAUUAAAUUAAUAUUUGCUUUCCAAUUUUUGCGAAUUAGGAUUUUUUUAAUUUUCGAAAAAAAAAAUUAACCCCCCUCCGUGAGUGAACAAAAUUUUUUUUUUCACUCACGGAGGGGGGGGGGAGUUAGGAAACUCAAUUGACUUACUCUUUGGAUGGAACCUUGAGAAGGCAAGCAAAACUCCAGUAUUUCUUUACGAAUAA